AAAAAGAAGGUAAAUGAGAAGAAGAAAGGCUCUUGAGGGCGGCAGCGAGCCAUUUUGUAUCGAGCCAAAUCGAGAGGGGAAAAAAAGAAUUCGAUUGAGAGCAUCGUGUUGCGAAAGAAUCGUCCAAGAACCCAUAUUCCAAGCGAAAAGGUGACGAGCAAGCUCGUCGACGUCAAAAGUUUCAAGUUUUUCUUGGAAAGGCGAGCACUCGGCGGUCGGCAGCACCAUGAGUUACGGAAGGCCUCCGCCCGACGUCGACGGCAUGACUUCCCUCAAAGUGGACAACCUGACGUACCGAACCACACCGGAGACCCUGCGGCACGUCUUCGAGAAGUACGGCCGCGUCGGCGACGUGUACAUCCCGCGAGAUCGUUACUCCAAGGACAGCCGCGGCUUCGCCUUUGUCCGCUUCCACGACAAGCGAGACGCCGAAGACGCCAUGGACGCCAUGGACGGAGCGCUUCUAGAUGGACGCGAGCUGCGUGUGCAGAUGGCCCGCUACGGCCGACCCCCGGAUAACCAUUACGGUGGCGGGCGACGAGGAAGCAGCGGUGGCGGAGGACCACCCCGGAGGUACGGAGGCUCCAGUCGACGAAGCAGAAGCCCCCGCCCCAGAAGACGCAGCAGAUCCCGCAGCAGGUCCCGCUCUCGUUCCCGGAGCCGCUCCCGUUACAGCCGCUCCCGUUCCAGGUCCUACUCCCGAUCCAAGUCCCGCUCGCCCAGGAACAAGAAGACCAGCAACAAGUCCCGCUCCCGAUCCCGUUCAAGGUCCGCCAGCCGCUCCGCCUCCCCUCCCAAAAGAGGUUCUGGAUCCGCAUCCAGAUCCAAAAGCCCACCCAAGUCACCCGCGCAAAAUGGAGGCGAGUCACCCUAGUUGGCCGGCCGGUCAUGAGGUGAGCGACGGCAGAUGUUUGUCCAGGCCAAGAAGCCACCGGGUCCUGGAGAAGGUUGUCCUCAUGUCUCCUGCAUCUUUUUGGCUUCUUCCUAUUCUUUUUUUUUUAUUUUAUUUUAAUUGAAUUUGAAAGCGGGGGAUGUUUACUGUCGUGUCACUUCUCACGGCGCGUCCUCGUCCCGUCCUCUCUGGACUCCCGAGCUCCUGUUCAAAAAGUUGGUGUGAUUUAAUACAUGGAAAGCCAGCCAUGUUGUAGUAAGCUGUUGUCAUCAUUAAGUUUUUUUUAUUUUCCAUAUUUUGUCUUUGUGCUCUAGGCGCAGUUGUGUAGCAGGUGAUGCUAAGCCGCUAAGGUGUCGAUGUGGCUCGGGCCCUGCAGUUUUCUUAUGCUCGCGACGCUCCUCUUGUACAAUUCUGAUUUUCUGGCAUUUUUUUCUUGUGACUUUCAUUAAAGACUUUCUCAACAUUGUCUUUUUUUAA